CCAGCGUGGAGCAAGCACCGGCUGUCCCCGCCUUGUCGCGCCCAGGCCUCGUGGCACGGAGUGGGGACCGAGGGACGCGAGCCAAGGCCUGGGGCUGAUUGUGAUUGGGAGAGGACUCUCAGAAGGUUCUGGAAAGCCCAACGUUGCUGUGAAAAGCAAAGGCCCUUUACCUAUACAUUUUACAAGAAAUGUGCAGAAAGCCAUUGAUAAGUACACCUGUGAAUCUGUGUCGUCGUUGUCAUCGAGCGGAACCACCACGCCCACAGAGGCGCACACCUCUUGGUCUGGGACCCAGAGCUCCACCACCGGCUUCUCUACGGAACGGAGCUCCAUAUGCUCGUGGAGAGACGAUGAAUUUGACAAAGGCAAUUCACAGAAAGUUCAGCAGUUAUUCUGGGAGGUCGAAGAAAUGUUAUUUGAAGGGAAAGUAAGCGCUCAGACCCAGAAUCUACUGACGGAAUGCAGCGAGUGGGCCGGACGAUCCCUCCAUCUGAGAGUAUUAGGAAGACAGCUCAUCUUGCCAACUGAGGAAGGCGUGCAGCAUUUCCAGAGCAGCGGGCCUAGUUUUAUAACCCACAGGCCCUCGCUUGAGUCCCGUGAAUGCAACAGCAACAAGGAGCUGUGUAUCUCCGGCUCACAGAUCUUCCCGGCAGCCUUCUCGGCUCCUGCCCUGGCAGGGACUGAGGACUCAGGGAUCGCUGACCUAAGGGCCUGUUCACUCCUGGAAGAAGAGAUUUAUGAUGUGGAAGGAAAAAUUGAAGAGUAUUUCGCUUUUGAUGGAAAAGAAGAGGAUGAUGAAUGUCUUGAGCAAAAAAAAGCCCCCCGUGGUAGAAGGGGGCGUAAACACGGACUUCCUCCCAUCUCCCCUCAUGCCUGUAUCAAAGAUGCGGUGGCUGCGGAGGUGUUUGAUCAUGUCUGGGGAAAUGUGGUCGCGUUAUUGGAAGAGCUGGUCAGAAAACACUGGGAAAGGACACUCACAGAUGGGAAAAAACAGAAAGAAAAAUUGAAAGUUGAAACUAAAUCUCAACAUAUACUAAUCUCUCGUUUUAACACUGAUCCAACAAGUGUCCCCCCUUCCAGAAGCUCUGAAACUCGAAGCAUAUCCUUGGCUUCUCAUCUUAUUCAACCACAGAUUCAUCGAUUUUCCAACAAUUUUUAUAGUGAUUUGAAUGGUGUGAUGACCAUUCAAACUAAACCACUUCAGCAGAGACCUACCUAUGUCGCAGAUAGAACACACAAUGAACAAGAGGACAAACCAACGAGGCCCGAUGCCAGCGCUGCCUCCUCCAGGUGGCACCGACUUAGUAGGACGGCCGAUGUGCGAGGGCAGCCGGCUUCCUCCAAGAAAACGCCCCUGCACAGGAGACUGCCUUCUCUGACUUCAGAGUCUCAGAGACUGAGAACCCCCAACGUGUACAGCGACGAAGUUCUUAGGGGAACAAAACUGCAAACUGGCACAGACCACAGAUCUUCCCCGGUUCAAACCUUGCGGAACAGGUUGCCCCCGAUCGGCUCCGAGACUGGGGAGCAGAAUGCAACAGUUCCUGGAUCCCGGCCUGUUUCUUACAGAGGGAGGAAUCCGCAAAACCGUGUGCUAAGUGCGGUCCCUGACGGUCUGGAGCGCUCGCCUCGCCGAGAAAGAACUGUUACUGGGGACCAGUUUUCCAGACCAAGCACAACCCAUGCUUUCCCAUCAGACUCGCCUCGAAGAAGUUCCCUGACACCAGUGGGAUUUGCAGGCCACUCGUGGACAGGCCAAAGUUUUCUGACAGGGUCACAACACCCGUCUAAGUCAUUCCAGAGGACAACACUGACUUCAUCACGAAAGAGAUUCCAAGUGGCUUCUUGACACUACUUCAUUGGGACUCUGAACUGCCACGUCGAUUGGCCUACUCAAAGCAGAGCAUGCGGGUUGUCACUCGACAAAUGGAGGACAAGUAUUACCCUGUGUCUGUCUGUCUGAUAGUCUGGGAUCCAGAUGAAAGCUACCUGAGAGAAAUGCAAAUCAAUAAACAAUGUCAUUUUGAA